CACCAAUUUGUCGAGUGACCUCCUGUGAAGUCGUUUCCAAAGGGAGCGUCAUCGCAAUCGAUAGCAUGUGACGAACCCAGUAGCGGCAAACCACCCUUCCAAGAACCAUGAAGUGUCCACGAAUCAGGGAAACGAACAAAAACCCUCCCCCCACAAGCUUUGUCGCAAGCGGGGAUUCCUGACUUUCUGGGUUGUUUAGGCUAAAUCUUUUGUCCACGACCCCCCCUCCCUCCCGCUUCUAUACCCCUCGGCGUAUCACCGACCAUCAAGGUUGCGAAUAUAAACGUCUAACGGCGUCCCCCCCCCACUCUUCUACUCGUCCUCUGGCAAAUUCACAUCCCCCCACUCACCAAAAAAACAUGCCAGCAGAUUUCAAAGUGAUCGCAAAGACCGGUGAUCCAAUUCUCCAUCGCGAGGACUUUUGGUUGCCUGAAUCGCCGGUACACGAUGAGGAUACGGGAACCACCUGGUUCACUGACAUACCCCGUUCGGUGAUCUACGGGUUCAAUGUGAAGGAGGGCCAGAAGAGCCUUAGACGGAUCGAAGUUGGAGAUCUUGUGGGGUGUCUUGCGUUAAUUGAUGGAGAUAAAGAGCAUCUGGCGGUUGGAGCAAAACGCGGCUUUGGAAAGGUCAAUAUCGAGACGGGAAAAUUGGAGUACAUCAAUACCCUGUUUCCGGGUGAUAAGGAUAAGCAGGAUCUUAUGCGUAUCAAUGACGGGGCAGUUGACGUGCGGGGAAGGUUUUGGGCCGGGUCGAUGAGAAGCUUUGGCUUGGGCCCCCCGCAGAACGAGGGCACACUCUUCCGCAGUGAUCCUACCACUCAUCUCAAUCAUGUGAAAUACCCCGUUGCCAUUCCAAACGGCAUCGGCUUCUCGCCGGACAACAGCACUCUCUACCUCGUUGAGACCCGACUCAAGACAAUAUUCGCAUAUCGCUUUGAGCCCGAGACCGGCGGUAUCUCGCACGAGCAAGAGUUCAUCAAAUUUGACGAAGACAAGCAUGGACCCGGAGUCCCAGAUGGCCUUGCCAUAUCUUCGGACGGCGAUGUCUGGGUGGCCAUGCGAGACGGCCACAAGGUGUUGCGCAUCGAUCCAAGGACGAAGGACGUUAAGGGAAUUAUCGAGGUCCCCACCAGCAAGCAGGUUGCUUGCCCGGCGUUUGUGGGAGAGGGUAUGGUUAUUACCACGGGGAAAUUGGUCCACUUGGAUCCUGACGUCGCGAAAACUAGCGCGCAUGCCGGAGACGUUUUCUAUGUCCCAUUGCCGGGGAUAACCGGACGGGAGGUGUAUAAGGCCAGGUUUGAUGCUGUGCCGGAGGACCCGGGAACAACAAGUGGAAAGCUAUUAUCAGCAUUAAAAGGGAAGGAGAGGGAGAAGGAGGAUGCUGGUGCUCCCACGGGAGCAGCAGCACCACCAGCGGUUGAGAUACCCACUGCCAGCGCCACAACUGCUGUAACUACUGCAACUGUGACCCGCGUGACGGGAGAAAAGUGAGGUUUUCCUUUUUGUUUUCUUUAUUUCCUUGGAAAUAUACCCGUUGGUGCGCUUGGGCUGGGAGAAAUUGAGGUCAUUGAGCGGUGAUCCGGGGUUUUAAGUGGAAGUCAAUUUUUUUACCGAGUGA